GACAGGGCUUUUCGGCGGGAAACGGGAACGGGACAGUUGCUUUCUUCAUUGAGUAAUCUAAAUAAUUAAUACAAAGUGGUGUUUUGUGGUUAAUGAUCGCAUUAAGUUAGUCGGAAGACAUUCGCGAGUGUUAUUAUAUUGGAGUAUUCAAUAAACAAAGUGUAUCUGCCUAUUUUCGCUUCGUGCCGGGAAGCCGCUUCAUAGCUCAAAAGUUUAUGCGGACUUUUGAGUUAAUUCGUUUGGGGUUCGGAGUAGGAGUCUACUCCGAGGGUGGGGGCUUAGGUUUCAUCAUCAUCACCUUUCAUCAUUUCAUUAAUCAUCAAGAAAAAAAAUACGUCAGACAUGGCUGUAUGGGCAUAGUUCCCUUUGCCUUACCCUUCGGGGAAAACCAAAACAAAAAAAAAAAAAAAUUGACAUUGACAGUCCUACGAAAACAAAAUAUAACCUCACUUUGUAUUCUCUUUCUUUUCUGUUGUUGCUUUCUGCGGGAAAACCAUUUAAUUUUGUUAAAACUAGGUUACUAUACAUACAACAUGUCUGUCACACUACAUACAGAUAUCGGAGACAUAAAAAUUGAGCUAUUCUGUGAGCAGUGCCCAAAGGCUUGUGAAAACUUUUUAGCUUUAUGUGCUAGUGACUAUUACAAUGGUUGUUUAUUUCACAGGAAUAUUAAGGGUUUUAUAGUACAAACAGGAGAUCCAACUGGCACUGGGAAAGGCGGUUCUUCCAUUUGGGGCAGAAAAUUCGAAGAUGAAUUCAAAGAAGAGCUAAAGCAUAAUGCAAGAGGAAUAGUGAGCAUGGCUAAUAAUGGACCAAAUACAAAUGGCAGUCAAUUCUUCUUUACAUAUGGAGAGCAACCACACUUAGAUCUGAAAUAUACAAUUUUUGGGAGAGUUAUUGAUGGUUUUGAAGCACUUGAUGACUUGGAAAAGAUGCCAGUAAACCCUAAGACAUUCCGACCACUGACAGAAGCCAGGAUCACCUCUGUCACAAUUCAUGCAAACCCUCUAGCUGGGUGAAUCACUGAUUAUACUACUGUAAAUAAUAAUAUUAAGAUCAAUCAUUGAAAUAAAAUACAUUCUCACAA